AGCAUGUUGGGUGAAAAACGUGAACCUGGCAACCCGGGCGACGCGGUUGUCAUGGUGACAUGUGAAACAUGGCGCGGCUGCUGGGAGAGACGCUGUUUGAGGUCAGCUCUCAGGGACCUGCACCGAUUAAAGACUAUUUCUGUUUCCACAUCAAUCAGACGGAGGUGAUUUGGAGAUGGUGGAAGGUUUCUUUACGCCCGGAUUCCCGCAGCCUGAGACCAGGAGAAGUGAGAGAGUCACAUGGAGAGUUUCUGGAGGACAGACGACUGCAGAGUCAGGUGUUGAUGGUGUUUGGUCCUGAUGUGCUGCAGUACUCUAAGUGUCUGUGUGAGGGUCAGUAUGAUUAUCUCCAGCGUCUGCCAGAUUCUUUACUUCUCCACAUCAUGGCACAUUUAGAGCUGGAGGAUGUGACGCGUCUCGCACAAACCUGUCACAGGUUCGAACAGCUCUGUAGCUCGGAGCAGUUUUGGGAGCAGACCGUACGCCUUCACUGUGACACGGUGAGUCCUGGGAUGGAGGAUUUGGCCCGAGACGUGGGAUGGAGGUGUGUGUUUUUCACCAACAAACUCCAGCUCCAAAAGCAGAUCCGCCGCCGCAGAGCAGGAAAUAAACUCACACGCUUUAAAUAAAUGUAUGUCUUUAACACAUCUGAUCAGUAACAUGUCUGAGCAGCAGCACCAGGAACAUGAGACAAAUUCAUACAUGACACUAAACCAUCUGACUGCUAAACACUUUACACUGGAAAAGUUGUACACACUUUAUAUUGGGCCCAGUUGUGACUCAAGUGCUUCAGGCUCUGCGUUGUUGAUCUGAAGAUCAGGGUUGAAGCCUCAGCACUGCCAAGCUGCCACUGUUGGGCCCCUGAGUGAGGCCCUUAACUGUCUGCUCAAGGGUCUCUGUAUCAUGGCUGAUUCUGUGCUGUAGA